AUGGCUUUAUGUACAAUAUGCACAACUGAGACUUCAAAGUACAAAUGUCCUGUAUGUAUUUCACCAUACUGCUCACUUGUUUGUUACAAAGCGCACAAACAAAAUGGCUGUGAAAAAAAGGAUUGCACUCAAAAUGUUGUACAAACUGUAGUAGAACCGGAGGACGAUGAUAUGAUCGAUUAUGUUCCGAGGAAAGUACUUAAACGGUUAAAGGAUUCAGACCGUAUCAGAGAAUUGUUAAAAAACCCUCACUUACGAAGCCUGCUCCGUUUUUUAAAUGAAACUGACAAACCAUAUUCUGCAGUGGAAAACGCUAUGCGUGAACCUAUUUUCGUAGAAUUUUCAGAUGAAUGCCUCAAAAUAGUAGAUUAUAGCUGA